AUGGGUGACUACUCGAAAGCACUUGAAUUUUACGAAAAAUCACAUCAAAUCCUCGAAAACGCUCUGCCUUCGAAUCAUCCCAAUUUGGCUAGUUCCUACAACAACAUCGGUGUAGUGUAUUACAACAUGGGUGAUUACUCGAAAGCACUUGAAUUUUACGAAAAAUCACAUAAAAUCACCGAAAAAGCUCUGCCUCCGAAUCAUCCCUCAUUGGCUUUUUCCUACAACAACAUCGGUGCAGUGUAUAACAACAUGGGUAACUACUCGAAAGCACUUGAAUUUUACGAAAAAGUACUUAAAAUAAGAGAAAAAGCUUUGCCUUCGAAUCAUCCCGAUUUGGCUGCUUCCUACAACAACAUCGGUCAAGUGUAUGACGACAUGGGUGACUACUCGAAAGCACUUGAAUUUCACGAAAAAUCACAUCAAAUCUACGAAAAAGCUCUGUCUCCGAAUCAUCCCUUAUUGGCUACUUCCUACAACAACAUCGGUCAAGUGUAUAACAAUAUGGGUGACUACUCAAAAGCACUUGAAUUUUACGAAAAAGCACAUAAAAUAUACGAAAAAGCUCUGCCUCCGAAUCAUCCCUCAUUGGCUCUUUCCUACAACAACAUCGGUGGUGUGUAUAACAAUAUGGGUGACUACACGAAAGCACUUGAAUUUUGCGAAAAAGAUCUCGAAAUCAAGAAGAAAGCUCUGCCUCCGAAUCAUCCCUUAUUGGCUACUUCCUACAACAACAUCGGUGGAGUGUAUGACGCCAUGGGUGACUACUCGAAAGCACUUGAAUUUUACGAAAAAGAUCUCGAAAUCACGAAAAAAGCGCUGCCUUCGAAUCAUCCCAAUUUGGCUAGUUCCUACAACAACAUCGGUGGAGUGUAUAAGAGCAUGGGUGACUACUCGAAAGCACUUGAAUUUUACGGAAAAGCACUUAAAAUCACCGAAAAAGCUCUGCCGUCGAAUCACCCUCAUUUGGCUGCUUUCUACAACAACAUCGGUGGAGUGUAUAACAACAUGGGUGACUACUCGAAAGCACAUGAAUUUUACGAAAAAUCACAUCAAAUUCUCGAAAAAGCUCUGCCUCCGAAUCAUCCCAAUUUGGCUAUUUCAUAUGGCAACAUCGGUCAAGUGUAUAAGGACAUGGGUGACCACUCGAAAGCACUUGAAUUUUACGAGAAAGCACAUAAAAUCUUCGAAAAAGCUCUGCCUCCGAAUCAUCCCUCGUUGGCUAGUUCCUACAACAACAUCGGUGCAGUGUAUGACAGCAUGGGUGACUACUCGAAAGCACUUGAAUUUUACGAAAAAUCACAUAAAAUAAGAGAAAAAGCUCUGCCUUCGAAUCAUCCCUCAUUGGCUAUUUCCUACAACAACAUCGGUAUGGCAUACUCUGGCAAAGGAGACUACUCGAAAGCACUCUCAUUCUUAGAAACGGCACUUUCUAUCUGGCAAAAAUCACUUCCACCUAACCAUCCUAAUAUUAAAACAGUCACAAAUUUAAUUGACUAUGUAAAAAAGAAAAUGUAA